AUGGCGCCCCGCCCGCCCCCGUCGUCGGCGCCAUCGAACCGCCAGGCCGUGCGCCCCAUUGUGCUCCUCGCCCCGCCACUACCCGGCGCGCGGCACACGUGCGGCCUCACGCUGUCGCCCGUGAAACGCGGCUCGCGCGACAUCUUGGCCACACUCAAGCACCAGUGCGACUGCCCGCCGCGGUCCAUCUCCAUGGGCGAGUACGUCGCCAGUCCGCGCGUCGCGACCGGCACUGACGCCCACAGCUUCACCGCCACGGAAGCCCACGCCCUCCUGCGCCCCGAGUCGUGCCACGCCAUUGUUCACGUCGCCCCGCACGAGACAACACACACAGCUACGUCCACUGCUGCUACGUCCACUGCUGCUACUGCUGCUGCUGCGUCCAGCGCGACCAGUUCGCUCUGGGGCUCGACGUUCACGCUGACCAACACGAUCUUGGGCUCGGGGACGCUGGCCGUGCCGUUCGCCAUCGCCUCGAGCGGCUGGCUCCUCGGCACGCUCCUGCUGCUGGCGAUCGCGCUCACGACGCGCUACUCGGUGCAGCUGCUGCUGGCCGCCAGCGACCGCGCGGGCGCGCACUGCGCCAAGACCUACGAGAGCCUCGGCCACUACACCAUGGGCGCCUGGGGCACGCGCGUGGCCGAGUUUACCUUUAUCUCGGGCGGCUUUGGCACGCUCGUGAGCUACGUCGUGUUUGUCACGGACCUCGUGGCCGCCGUCGCGGGCGUUGCGCGCGCCGACAAGUGGCUCGUGACGCUCGCGCUCGUGGCCGCUGUCGUCUGUCCGCUGUCGCUCAGUCGGCAGAUUGGAAAGCUCUGGCUCGCGUCCGUGCUGGCGAUCCUGUCGGUCUGCUACGUCGUGGCCUUUGUCGUCGUGGCGCUGCUCCUGGCGGUCGACGCCACGGGCCGCAGCUUUGCGGUCGCGCCCGGCGUGCAGGCCGUGCGCUUCGAGCCCGGCAGUGUCUACACGCUGACGCUCCUGAUCUCGGCCUUUGCGUGCCACAACACGGCGCUGCCCGUGUACGAAGAGCUCCAGGACCGCACCCUGCCGCGCAUGAACCGCGCGGUCGGCAGCGCAAUUGCCGUUGCGUUUGGGCUCUACGCGGCGAUUGCGCUCUGCGGCUACGUGCAGUUUGGCGCCGCGACGCAGGACAACAUUUUGCUCAACUUUUCCGCAACGUACGUGGCGCAGCACGCGGCCGUGCGCGGGCCACUGCUCGUGGGUCAGCUGUGUAUGGCGCUGGCGCUCGUGCUGACGACACCGAUUGCCAUGUGGCCCUUCCGGUCCUGUGUGCUGAGCGUGUACCUCCGCGUGAAGAACGGGCGGCAGACGCCGAGUCACCGCGCGACGUACCGCGAGUACGUCACGGUCACGGUCGUCAGCCUCGUGCUCAUUGCCACGUGCAGUAUCUUUGUGCCGUCGGUCAAGAUCCCGCUGAGCAUUGUCGGCUCUGUCUCGGGCUCGCUCUUGAUUUACAUCCUGCCGGCGCUGUUCUACUUGUUGCAGGCCACGGGGCCCAUCUGGAGUCGGAAACACACGGGGCCGUUGCUGAUGCUCGGCGCUGGUGUCGUCGUGGGCACACUGGGGCUCUCGGUGACGCUCUAUAAGCUGUAUCACGAAUAG